UCGUUCCAGUGACUGCAGGCAUUAUUUUUGUUCUGGACAUUGGAGUCCAGGCCAUACUACCGUUCCGAUCUAUCUCUGCUGGAUUCAGCUUUUGCUGGGUUUUAUCUCUAUCAUUUUAUAUGAAAAAUAAUCUCCGGAUUUCUAGCUCGGGCUCCUUUUGUUAAAAGUACUUCAGGAUACUCUCUUCCUUCUGUCAGUAUGUCCCUACCUUUCUACCAGAAACACCACCAGCAUUAUGACCGUGCAUAUCGGAGCACUGACUUGCAGUUAGCUGUGAAGGAGUACAGCCUAGAAGAGAAGCACCAGAAAUCAUCCAGCAGUCACAAAAAAUCAUCUGCCCUUCAAGUGGUAGAGGAAAGCUCUCUCAAGCUGAGUCCCAGAGCAAAGAGACCAAAGAAGUUUCAGUCUUCUGAAGCAAAAGAAAAUGAACUUGAUGAUUAUGUUGUUCCAAUUUUCAGAGGACGUCACCAACAUAUUACUGGAAUUACUGAUACAGAAGAAGAAAGAAUUAAAGAAAGUGCUGCGUAUGUUGCAAGAAGGAAUCUUAUGGCCACUGGACAAGGCAUUAGUGCUUUGCCCAAAUCAUCAGUAGGCUAUGUACAGGACGAAGAGUAUGAGAAGAAGUCAAGAAAUACUAUGAUUCGAGAGUCUGCUGAUCGUAUUUCACUAAGAAAGAAGAUGAAAGAGACUGAGGACUUUCACAAAAAGUUAAAUGAAGACAGACUGCUACACGCACCUGAAUUUGUUAUCAAACCUCGCUCCCACACAGUUUGGGAAAAUCAGAAUGUAAAACUUCACUGCACUGUCACAGGAUGGCCAGAACCUCGAGUUGCAUGGUACAAAAACAACGUGCCCGUCGAUGAUCAGGCUCACCCUGAGAAGUACAAAAUUGAAAGCAGAUAUGGUGUUCAUUCCUUGGAAAUCUACAAAUGUGAUUUUGAUGAUACUGCCCAAUAUCGGGUCUCUGCUAUGAAUGUCAAAGGAGAAGUUUCUACAUAUUCCUCACUUGUGGUGAAAAGAUACAAGGGAGAGCUUGAUGAAAGAACAAUUCAGCCAGGAACUGUCUCUAUACCAUUUAGUUAUGACCGUGUUUCUGCAGAUUAUGGCAUUCAGUUUGAGAUCCAUGUUGUGGAGAGGUUUUCAGUGGCAUUUGGAAGAGAAGGUGAAACAAUGAGCAUUGGCUGUACUGUUGCCAUACAUCCCAGCCUGAAGCACAUUCAGCCAGAGAUCGAGUGGUACAGAGAUGGAGUUCUUCUUCAGCCAUGUAAGUGGAUGAAAAUGCACUGGAGUGGAGAACGUGCCACACUCACUUUCACUCAUCUCAACAAGGAGGAUGAAGGACUGUACACAAUGCGUGUGGUGGCUCGACCAGGAUAUGAGCAACAUAGUGCUUAUGUAUUUGUAAGGGAUGCUGAUUCUGAAGUUGCUGGGGCUCCUACUGCACCCCUAGAUGUUGAGUGCUUGGAUGCUAAUAAGGAUUAUGUAAUUGUGAGCUGGAAACAGCCUGCUGUCGAUGGAGGUAGCCCAAUUGUGGGUUACUUUGUUGACAGAUGUGAGGUUGGGACCACCCAGUGGACUCAGUGCAAUGACACUCCUGUAAAAUUUGCCCGUUUUCCUGUCACUGGACUAAUUGAGGGACGGUCUUACAUUUUCCGUGUGCGUGCUGUCAAUAAAGUUGGCAUCAGCAGACCUUCCCGUGUAUCAGAACCUGUUGCAGCACUAGAUCCUUCUGAUAGAGCUAGACUUAAAGGUCUGCCCUCUGCUCCCUGGACAGGACAGAUCAUUGUCACCGAGGAAGAACCAGCAGAAGGCAUUGUUCCUGGACAACCCACUGAACUGGCUGUUACUGAGGCUACUAAAAAUUAUGUUGUUCUUAGCUGGAAACCACCUGGUCAGCGUGGCCAUGAGGGUGUCAUGUACUAUGUGGAAAAGUGCACCAUGGGCUCUGAUACCUGGCAGAGAGUGAACACCGAAAUCCCAGUUAAGUCUCCUCGUUUUGCAGUCUUUGAUCUGGCUGAAGGGAAAUCCUACUCCUUCCGAGUUCGGUGCUGUAACUCAGCUGGAAUUGGAGAGCCCUCUGAGGCAACCGAUGCCAUUGUUGUGGGGGAUAAGCUUGAUAUCCCAAAGGCUCCAGGUCAUGUUGUUCCAUCAAGAAAUACAGACACAUCUGUGGUCAUCAACUGGGAAGAAUCCAGAGAUGCUAAAGAGCUAGUUGGAUACUAUAUUGAAGCAAGUCUUGUCGGUGCCAAUAAAUGGGAACCUUGCAACAAUAAACCAGUGAAAGGCAAAAGGUUCACCUGUCAUGGACUUCUCACAGGCCAGAAGUACAACUUCAGGGUCCGAGCAGUCAAUGCUGCUGGUAUCAGUGACUGUUCACAGGAGUCUGAGGCCAUUGAAGUCAAGGCAGCAAUAGCUCCCCCAGCCCCACCAUAUGACAUCACUGUGCUUGAAUGUGUAAAAGACUCUAUGGUCCUGGGAUGGAAACAGCCAAAAUUCCAAGGUGGAACUGAUGUCACUGGAUAUUAUGUCAAUUUCCGUGAAAUCAUUGGUGGGAAACCUGGAAAAUGGCAGGAAGCCAACAUAAAACCUGUCAGUGAAAGGGCGUAUCGGAUUCAAAAUCUGAAAGAAAAUAUGAUUUAUCAAUUUGAAGUUCAAGCUGCAAAUAUGGCUGGUGUCGGUCAGCCAUCAAAACCAAGCCAUUGCAUUAAAUGUGAAGAAUGGACCAUUGCAGUACCAGGGCCUCCUUAUGACAUCAGGUUCACUGAGGUCAGGAAGAACUCUAUGGUUCUACUCUGGAAUGCACCAGUCUACUCUGGCCGUAGUGCAGUUUUUGGCUACUAUGUUGAUGUGAAAGAGACCAACGCGCCUGAAGAGGCUUGGGAAAGUGUUAAUGAAAAGUCAACUGCUAACAGAUACAUCAAGGCUUCAGGUCUGAAAGAAGGCGUGAGCUAUGUUUUCCGUGUGAGAGCUGUUAAUAUGGCAGGAGUUGGAAAAGUAUCUGAUUCUUCAGAUCCUAUGAUUGCAGAAACCCGACCAGGAACCAAAGAGAUGUAUGUAGAUGUAGAUGAUGAUGGAGUCAUUUCAUUGGUCUAUGAAUGUGCUGAAGCUGGACCAGGAUCCAAGUUUGUUUGGUCUAAAAAUUAUGAAGACAUUACAGAUCCAUCUCCAGUUACCAUUGAGACCAAAGGUGGAAAGACAAGAGCUGUAUUCAAGGACCUCUCCCUGGAAGAUGUGGGCAUUUAUUCCUGUGCUGUCAGUGACACUGAUGGUGCCUCCUCAAGUUACACUCUAGAUGAAGAUGAGAUUAAGCGUCUGCUGCAGCUCAGCUAUGACCACAAAUUCCCAAUUAUUCCACUCAAAUCAGAGUUGGCAGUGGAGCUCCUGGAGAAGGGAAGAGUUCGAUUUUGGUUGCAGGCUGAAUCGCUGUCACCAAAAAGUCAAGUUAAAUAUGUCUUCAAUGACCGUGAGAUCACACAUGGUGAGAAAUACAAAAUGAACAAGGACACAAAAACAGGCAUAGUUGAGAUGUUCAUGGACAGGCUUGAAGACGAGGAUGAAGGAACCUUCACCUUCCAGCUGCAAGAUGGAAAGGCCACCAACCAAUCCAGUCUGGUUCUCAUCGGAGAUGUAUUUAAGAAUCUACAGAAAGAAGCUGAAUUCCAGAGGCAAGAGUGGUUCCGAAAACAAGGGCCUCACUUUGUGGAAUAUUUGUCAUGGGAGGUUACUCCAGAGUGCAAUGUGUUAUUAAAAUGCAAGGUGGCCAACAUUAGAAAGGACACAAGCAUUGUCUGGUACAAAGAUGAAAGAGAAAUAAUGGUCGAUGAAAAGCACGAUUUCAAGGAUGGAGUAUGUACACUGCUGAUAACAGAGGUUACCAAGAAGGAUGCUGGUGUCUAUGAAGUCAUUCUGAAGGAUGACAGAGGAAAAGACAAGAGUAUUCUGAAACUUACAGAUGAAGCCUUCAAAAACCUAAUAAAUGAAGUCUGCAGAAUGAUCGCUUUAUCUGCCACAGAACUAAAGAUCCAGAGCACAGAAGAAGGAUUCAGGCUGUACUCCUUUGUGAAUUAUUAUAUGGAGGAUCUGAAAAUCAACUGGUUACACAAAGAAUCCAAGAUAUCUUAUACAGACAGGGUUAAGAGUGGAAUUACAGGAGAACAAAUAUGGCUGAAGAUCAAGGAACCUACAGAUAAGGAUAAAGGCAAAUAUACAUUGGAACUCUUUGAUGGCAUCACUGGACACAAGAGAACACUAGAUCUUUCUGGCCAAGCAUAUGAUGAUGCCUAUGCAGAGUUCCAGAGACUGAAGCAAGCGGCCAUUGCAGAAAAAAACCGUGCAAGAGUAACUGGAGGUCUGCCAGAUGUUGUCACCAUUCAGGAAUACAAGUCACUUAACCUUACCUGCAAUAUCUGGGGAGACCCUGUUCCAGAGGUCAAAUGGCUGAAGAAUGAAAGAGAGUUGGUGGCUGAUGACCACUUCAUCCUGAAGUUCGAGGCUGGGAAGUACGCCAGCUUCACUAUAAACAAAGUCUCCACAGCUGACUCCGGGAAGUACAGUAUUCGUGUAAAGAACAAAUAUGGCACUGAAACUGGUGACUUCACUGUAAGUGUCUUCAAACCAGAAGAAGAAGAAACAGUGGCACAAACCGAGCAAAAAGUUGGAGAGACAAAGUGAAGUAACGUGUGUUGUGCAACACAAGAAAAAGUAGGUUGAUAGUUCUGAACUGUGUGUAAUUGUUCGUUAUGGCAGAUUCAUAUUUAAUCCUUUCACUUGUCUCAUUUUUACCAAUUCAUGUUACACAACUAUUGCACAUUUUUUGCCCAUUUCUGUUAUUAGAAUUUUGUAGUUAGAUUCCCAUCUAUAUGUUUGUCUUCUACUGAGAAUACAAAAUAAUGUACAGCAAAAGUGCUUACCAAAUUGCUUCAAGGAAGCAGAGGAAAGGGAAUAUUAAGAACUUUUUUUCUGGGUAAAAGAGAAGAGAAGAAAUACCAUUUUAAAACUGUUACUGAUUUUUUAACAAUAUUAUAUUUCUUGAAUGCAACUCACUUAUUUAAUGUAGUAUAAUAAAGGUCUGAGACAGAAACAACUGAUGCUUGUUGUAUGUUGUUGAAAAUAAUGUAUGACCUUGUUCACUGCAACAGAAACAUGUACAAAUAUCCUGUUAUCUUUUCACUAAUAAAUGAUGCACAAUUACUUCACUUUUACCCCCCCCA